AGAAGUUGGUCAAUUUGUAAGUUUGGUUUAGUUAAUUUCAAUCCACUUGCGCGCGCAGUCAUAUUGGACAUUGCGGAGUAUUGUGAUAUUUCGCCGUUGGCUAUUUUGCCAAUUUUUCCGCGGUUUCGACUACCUAUUUUGUUUUCACGCUCAGUUGUGCAUGAUCAAAGGAUCCAAAAACGUUUCACAUUAAUUGUGGGUAUUUUUUAAACAAAAUAUACACAUAUUAUAAUGUUAAUAUAUCAGUGCAAAUGAGAAAUCCAUAAAUGUUUCUUAUAUCAAAAUAAUGUUCACUGUGGAAAACAAAUUCAAUAAAAGUCUAACUGAAUAGAUGAAACAGAAUACACUGUCUUUGCUAUAUUUUAAAGGCUGAACAUAUUUGGGACCAAAAUAGUAGAGAACAACAACAACUACAAUUAUUGUUUGAGUGUAAAAAGUUUACAUUUUUUGUUUGAUUGCUUGGCCACCUUUCUGUGUGAAGUAUUAUUCGCUUAAAUACAUACAAAAAUAUUUGAGUUACAAAAAUGAGGUCAUUUCAUAAUUAUCUUGAAAGAUUUCGACGUACUCUUCCGAACAUGUUCUUAUUCAUACUGUGUUUCGUACUCAUCGCUAAAUGUGGUUGUUUGGAGCACGAUGAGAGCGUGGCGCAAUCUACCCCGACUAUACUACGUACACAAUCAAACUUUCAAAGUGGAAAAGAAGGGUCGCCAACACCUCUGAAGGCGGCGAUCGGAAAAGAAGAAUUUUACGACAGCGACUCAAACCAACCACAUUCCCGAAAAAAACGUUUGGUGUGGAUAACAGAAGAUGGGCGGCUUGCAUUGCCUCCCGGAACUGCACUUACAAUUACACCGACAAUAUCAAUGCCUUUGGUACGUCAUCCACCUGAGGGAUUCUUUUCAAAUGUAUCCAUUAGCUUCCCAUUGACAAUCGAUUUCGAUAAACUUGGUUUGACGGAUGAAUCUAAUCCAUUGGGCGACUUACCACCUAUAUUUACUAGAGAGUUCGGACGAUCAACGGGUCACGUGCUUGGGGAUUAUGUUGCCCGUUAUAUUCAUUACAAAAGUAAACGUGACUUAUCCUCGCAAAUGAAGCCUCUCGAUAAGGAGUCUCGCUACUAUCAAAUAAGAGAAGAAGUCCAGCAUGCAGAAAAUUUGGAGUUACCACGACUGCCAGAAAAUUUCAAACAUGCAUUUCAUGGGGGAGAAAGGGUAUUGCUUUAUGGAGUGGUGGAAGAUUUAUUGGGCACAUUCGGUGUUAACGGCAAGGCAUGCUUAUUACGCACUAUCUGCGAAGUGCAUUCUCGAAGUUUAAAUCAUUUCGGUGUGUUUGGGGAAAUAACCAAAUUGUUUUUAACAGCGACUAGUUCACCAUUUGCAGAUUUGAUACCUGAUUAUGUCCGUGCUCAGGAGAUAGGAGAAGGUCGCGUAGCUCCCGGUGAAUGCUUUCCAUAUUAUAAAGACUGUCCAAAAAGCAUAUUUAGAGCCACACAAAAAGAUAAAUAUAGUGUGUCACAAACGGAGGACAGCAGAGUAUUGGAAGAAAAUGAAGUUGUUCAACAUAAGUUGUCUGCUAAAUUACAAAAAAACAUUUCUGAAAAGUCAGCCAAUAAGCCUCAUAAAAAGAAAAAAAUAUUUAGCAUGUAAAAAUGAGGUUGAUUUGAAUAAUAUUCCCUCAACAGUGAAUAUGUAGUUUACUACAUUAAAUUGAAGUCACAUUUAGCAAAUUGCUCAUCCAUCUAAGUCGAAUUUAAUAGGUUUUAUAUGAUAUUUAUAGUAUUUAUUGUUUUUAUACACAUAUUGUGUUCAUGUAUGUAUGUAAAUAAAGAAAAUUACUUUAACAUAAUAUGUUUGGAAGACAGAGUGCAUAUGUUAUAUAUGUAGAUAUAAGCAAAAAAUUUAUGUAGGUUUAUUAAA